CUUGGUCAAGACGGCACCCAAAAGGAAGAAACGUCUCGAUGAGUCACUCAGUCACUUCACAGUCACUGCUUAAUGCUCUCUCUCUCUCUCUCUCCUCUCCUCUCUUUCAACUGAGGAACAGCAAGUAAACCACUCAAACCUUUUCUACAGAAACACAGAGGUCUCACCGGCGGUGUGUGCACUGCUCCGACGUCGUUUUGCUGGCCGGACUCCGGUUUUUGUGUGUUGAAAAUGUGAGUCAAUAUAGUGGAAGGACUAGUGAGUGUGGAAUUGCAGCAAGAUUUCAUUGUGAAAGGUUAAAUGUCAGGGACCAAAGUGCUUUUAACAUACAAGCGAAAGCGGCGAUCAAGAAAAGCUCUUGAAGAGGGACAUGAUUGCCAUAAUUCACUUUUUGUGGCUCCGAGUGACACUUCUCUAAGUAGAGAAGACUUGCAACUUCAUUUGAUUGAUAAGUGUGCACCAGAAGACUAUGACAGAAAUGAUUCUUCAAUACCUCAUUCAAUACGAAAAUCAAGCAGACUGGACAGUCUCGAUGAGGGUCUCUCCCGUCACAAGAAAGUUGGCUCGUCCUCAAAUACUAAUAAUGAAGCAUUGGUUGACGAUGAUAAUGCUGGAGGAAAGUUAGUUUCCGGGUUAAUGGGGAAUGCCACUGAAAUGACCGCUGAUUUUGUCUGGCCGAAAUCAUCAUCAUCAUCAUCAUCAUCAUCAUUUGAAAGAAAAGGCACCUCUGAAUGUGAUGGUAUUUUGCUAAGAUUGAAUGCAUCAAACUUGGAAGAGACUGAUCCGUUCUCUAAAAUUAAUGCAGAUAACUUAUGCUGCGAUUCAGCUGUGCAGACCAAGUCGACUGCCCCAUUAAUUACUUUCUGCCGAAGGAAAACAAGAAGAAAGGAUAUAGAUAAGUCUGAUAAACAAAGCAUAUCUGUGCCUGCAGAAAAUGAUUGCUCAUUGGUAACCAAAUUGAGUGAUUGUGUUUGUGCUAAUGCCGCUUCGUGCGAAGAAACUUCCCCUGAAAAGUGCUCCAUCGAUCAUGAGACAGAUUUGAAGCACUCCAGAAACAAAGCUCAAGUUUUGUCAAGUGAUGAUCUUAAAGCGACGGAACUCCCUUGUGUAGGCCAAUCACUUCCUUAUUUGCACCUGUCAGUUAUCCCAACCGAUUCAUGUGGCACCGACUGCAAUUUUGACUUGAACUUGAGUCCUCAACAGCAACCUAAUAUUGCUGCGCCAAAAACUAUGGGGGGCUCCUUGGAUUCUACUAGCCGAAAUCAUGCCGCUGUAUUACAUGAACUGUCUCCUCCACAAAUGCUGGCUGUGAGAAAUGAAAGAGUAGAAACUCAAGCUUCACAAUUACACAGAGAUGCAUUUGAAUUUUUAGAAGUUGGUGCCAGCUGCAAAGAUAAUGAUGAUAAAGUUGGUUAUCUGAUUUCCGAGGAAUUUACUUCUGAAAACAAAUGUCUGCAGCUGUUUCCAGAAGAAAAAACCAGUUACAUUUUUUGCCCGGUGAUAACACAACCUGAGGUAGCUGCUUCUAUAGCUUCAGAACGGAGAAAAGUUCUUCUGUUGGGAGGCCAGAAUAAUCAACCAAAACAAGGAUCUCCUAUGUUUUUGGGUCUAUCCUUAACCGAAAAGCCUGUACUUGCAGGAUGUGCUGCCAAUACCUGCUUCAAUACAUCUCCCUUCUUGAACUCCAUCAUUGGAACAAGAGAAUUCAUCCGAGAUGCAGCGCUCCAAUCUUCCUCAAGCCGUUUAUCAUCAGUUUUGAAACACAAGAUUAUGCAUGACAGUGUUGUAAGCCAAGCAAGAGCUUUGAAUGAGAGGGGUAGUUUUCAUGACAAUUAUAUGCCAUAUAAUACCAUGUGGUCUGAAGAAGAGUUGGAUUUUCUAUGGAUGGGCGUGAGGAGAUAUGGACGGGACAAUUGGAAUGCUAUGUUAAGGGAUCCAAGUUUUCACUUCUCACCAUGGAGGGUGGCAAGGGACUUAGCUGAGCGGUGGGAAGAGGAACAGUCAAAACUUUUUAGUGGUUUAUGUGUUCCUCAAUUGGGAUGCAACUACUUCUCGGGUCCAAAAAGAGGAAUAUGGAAAGAAAAUACAACAGACAUAACCCAAGUUUCACUUGGCGAUGUUGAUGCUCAUAGAGGAGGUAAUGCCUCGAGGAGGCCACUAUUUAAGUCGGCUUAUAUUUGCAACAAUGGCAAUGGAAAUCCCCGGAGGCCUCUUGGUUACACAAAAAGGACAUCUCGUUUUGAAAUGGGAAGGGACAAAUAUGAGGAUGAUGAAUUUAGUGUUCUAAAUAGAAGUAGAACUAUUCGAAGGGGCAAGUUAUUAUCAACUGAUGGCCCCACAACUUGUGUUGGAGCAAAGGGAAAUUUACCCCACUGGCUCAGAGAAGCUGUUGCUUCUCCACCGCCAACUGUGCCUUCAACUGUUUCAUCAAUUGCUCAUUCAGAUAGGUUGAAUCUCACCCUUCUCAGAUUCGAUCCUCGGGGAUCACAUUUGGCACCAAGGAAUGAAAUGCAGUUUACAUGUGGUGGUUUAAGAGUAAAUGACUCACAACCAUUAAGUACUGCUCCUCUUUUCAACUACUCAUCUGUAGGACUAGGGAUGGGGAAACUGAGAAGGGAUUAUUCUCAUCACGCGGGUAAACAAGAUGUGAUUAUUAUAGACAGCGAUGGUUCUUCUGAAGAGACUAUAUCUGAUGAUUGUAGUGCAAGGCUGUAGCUUCAAGGUAGCUUGGCAGGUGGAAGUCUGUUUGUUUGUAUGGGAAGCUGUACAAAGGUGGUGUACACAGUUUGUUAUUCAGGCAAUUUGUAAAUGCAAGGAAUAAAAGGGAAAUUGGAAGUCUAAAAGAGACUGAUGACUCGAUUGGUGGUUUAUGCUUAUAAGCGAAUCGUUCUCAUAAGUCAGCUGCGAAUUUUGUGUAGAAGUCAGCUGAUCAUGCACUGAAAUAAGCUGUCAUUCCUGUAACGUGGCACCAGGACCUACUGUAUAAAUAAAACAUUCUCAACCUGUAGAUGAUGAUGACGGAACCUAGUACUGUGUAUUUUGACAUGUCUGAUGUUCUAUAAGAUCAACUUUUCCAAGCUGGAAGAGGGAGGUACUUUCUGAUGGCAUGGUAUAUCAACUAGCUAAGGAUAUAUUUGAUGGUAAGGUUUCAAGAAAAGAGUCCUUUGAAUUGCAGAUAAAACUUAUCCCGUUCAUGGUCCAAUCAAAUACGGAUGAUGAUCAGGAACAUGACAAGAAAGCCGCUCCCCAAGACUAUAGGAAAGACUAUGGAGAAGAAGAGAAGGUAUAGUCCUCCAUGUCAUGGGCAGGAAGAGGAGGAGCAAGAGAAGUGCUUGCACUUGUCCUCAACUCAUUGAGGUGCUUGACGGCAUCAGCCCUCUCCUGCAACUCCAGUGCGCACUCGAGUUCCACCUGCACUUCACCCAUCGUGGGCCGUUCAGCUCCUGUAGGGCGCACACAUCUCACAGCGAUGUUCAUAAAUUUUCUCAAACAAUCUGGAGCUACUUUUCCCAUCAGAAAUGGAUCAAUCAUAGCAGGGAAAGUCUCACCCCUAUGCACACAUUCAGAUAUCUCUCUUGAAACAGAUUUGGCACACAACACUUCAAGUAACACCAUUCCAAAUGAAAAGACAUCAGAUUUUUCGGAGGACCCAUCUUGGACAACCCGAAGUCAGAAAGCUUGGGCACCAAGUUUUGGUCCAAAAGAACGUUGGUGCAUUUCACGUCUCGAUGGAUGACAGCAUGCUUAACCCCUGCGUGGAGGAUCAAGGAGGUAAUCAGAGAGGGUUCCGUUGGGCAUGUAGUCGUAGACAAUGAUACACUCUCCAUUUUCUUGGCAGAAUCCGACGAGAGAGAUGAGGUUGGGGUGGCGCAGCUGGCACAGUAGCUGUACCUCCGCCCUGAACUCACGCAUUCCCCGUUCUGAACGUCCGGAAAAGCGCUUGAUUGCAACGACGUUUAUCCUGUCCUCAUCCCCAUCGACCUUAAUACGCCCUUUGAAUACUGAGCCAAAGCCACCCCUACCAAUACAUAAGGUUUGGUCGAAACAUUGAGUUGCUGCACUGAUCUCAGCAAGUGUAAAACGACGGCAUAAUUCUUCUGGAAAUGCCCAAUCAUUUUGUUUCUUCUUCCGAAGAGAGAAGAAACGAGAGACAGACUGCGCAGUACGCCUCAUUACUAUGCAUCUAAGACAUGGACUCACAAGCCUGUAUGACUCACAAGCCUGUAUGGCCGUCAUUACUAUGCAUCUAAGACAUGGACUCAAUUACGUAAAAUCCUCCCUCAUCCUCUUUCCGCGGAUAAGACCACAUUCACUCUUUUUAAUUUUUGGGAAACUAAAGACCACAUUCACUUACGUAAUUGAAAAAACUGAAAGCCGCUGUGUGGAAACCCGGCCCACAUUCACACAAACAUAUAUACGACAUACGGUAUACCUACGUACUUCCCUCAUGGAUCAAUGCCCCCAAAUUUCACCCGAAUUCAAAACUGUAUGACCGUCGGAAUUUUUAUAGGGUAAAAUUAAAUGAUAGUUAUUUUAGUAUUUUUUUCAA